AUGAUUCACGUUGACGAAAGUGAUCCCGUUGGUGAAAUUGAACCAGCGUUUCCUUAUAAAGAUGUUACGGUGCGGCGUGAUGAAUUUAAUAGUAAUUAUGAAUUGCAAGAAGAAUUGGGACGAGGAAAAUUUGGAACAGUGUAUCUAUGUAAGGAUAAAAAGAAUGGGCUAAAAUUAGCGGUGAAAAUCGUAAAUACAACUAAGAAGGAAGACAGACGUUCGGUUGAGCGUGAAGUUGAAAUAAUGCGCCGGUUACAGCAUCCUCGGUUAAUUCAAUUGUAUGACGCAAUUGAUAAUACUAAGCAGUUUUAUGUUGUGUUAGAGUUAAUUGAAGGAGGAGAAUUGUUUGAGAGAGUGAUUGACGACGAUUUUGUUCUUACGGAAAGGAGUUGCGCUGUUUUUAUGCGGCAAAUUUGCGAAGGGAUUGAAUUUGUACAUUCACAAAAUAUUUUACAUCUUGAUAUGAAGCCAGAAAACAUCCUAUGCUUAACCAAAGAAGGUAACCGAAUAAAAAUAAUAGACUUUGGACUAGCCAGACAAUUUGAUCCAAGAAAAAAACUCCAGGUUCUCUUCGGAACUCCUGAAUUCGUAGCGCCUGAAGUUGUAAAUUUUGAUCAGAUUGGAUACGGAACUGAUAUGUGGAGCAUUGGAGUCAUCUGUUACGUUCUGUUGUCGGGACUGUCGCCCUUCAUGGGAGACACUGAUGUCGAAACAAUGGCGAACGUAACAAUAGCUAAAUACGACUUUGAUCACGAAGCUUUCAACAAUAUUUCAGAGGACGCCAAAGAUUUCAUACGUCGCUUGCUUGUUAAAGACAAAGAAAAACGAAUUUCGGCACACGUUUGUCGGUUCCAUCCGUGGUUGGCGCCAAAAUCAAAUUCAAAAACGAAGAAACCGUCGCCAUUGAAAAAGAAGAAAAAGAUAAAGAAAGUCGCGCCACCUGUUGCGACUCCAGCGCCACCUGUAGUCAAAAAUAAAAGCGAACUGGACGUGACGAAAGAUAACUUGAAGCAGUUUGUCGAAAGAUGGCGGGACCACCCGAACAGUCCGUAUCUCUUCGAGGACAAUGGAACAGUCGAGAGAGAGGGGGACAGGUCAAUGUCCUUGAAAGGUCAAAGCCCCUCCCCUCCUGAGAGUAUUUGUAGUUUGACCUCAGAGAGCGCUUUUGACGAUAGGUUGUUUCUUAAUGUUCCUAAUUUGGCGUUCGAACGUCGCGCCUCUGAGGGUCAGGGUCAGGAGUACCGAGAUCCGGCUUCUCAGAUAAAAAUUGCUGAGGAAAUUAUUAAACUUUCGGAGCAUUUGAGGUUAUUGGCAAAUCGGGAGGGGAAUAACAAGAUGGCGGGUGAUAUGGCAAAUAUGGAUAAUAUGGCAUAUGGGGAAGGUAAAAUUAAAAAGGCGGAAGGUGAAAUUCAGAAAAAUAUGGCAGAAAAUAUUAAUAUGGCAAAUAUGGCACAAAAUAUGGCAAAUAUGGGUGAUAUGGCAAAUAUGGAUAAUAUAACACAUAAUAUGGCAACUAGAGAGGAUAUUAGUUUAUUAAAGGGGAACAAAUUUAAGAAAAAUACGUCAGAUAUGGCAAAUAAGGUAAAUAUGGCACAUAUGGCACCUAAUAUGGCAAAUAUGGCCAAUAUGGCACCAAAUGUGGCAAAUAUGGCACAUAUGGCAAAUAUACCAAAUACGGCACAAAAUAUGGCAAUUGGACACGAUAAAAGUCUAUUAAAAGAAGACAAAAUCAAGAAAAAUAUACUAAACAUGGGAAAUAUGGCAGAUAUGGCAAGAAAUAUGGCAAAUAUGAGUGAUAUGGCCACAAAUAUGGCAGAUCAGGAUACUAAUCAAAUUAAACGGACCAAUAUGUCAAAUAUGGAGAAUAUGGGUAAGAAUAUGGCAAAUAUGGCAAAUAUGGGUGAUAUGGCAACAAAUAUUUCAGAUCAGAAUACUAGUAAAGUUAAGCGGAACAAUAUAUCAAAUAUGGAGACUAUGGGUACAAAUAUGGCAGAUAUGGCACAAAAUAUGGCAAAUAUGGGUGAUAUGGCAACAAAUAUUUCAGAUCAGAAUACUAGUAAAGUUAAGCGGAACAAUAUAUCAAAUAUGGAGACUAUGGGUACAAAUAUGGCAGAUAUGGCACAAAAUAUGGCAAAUAUGGCAUAUGGACAAGAUGGUAGUCAAAUAAAAGCUACUGAAAUGGAGAGUAAAGUUUCCUCAAUAAAAUCCAGCCGAGUGUCGAUAAACACGUCAGAAAGUGAAACAAAUGAAAUAAAUGAAAAAUUAAAUGCCAUAACUCGGGACAGAAAAUUAAAUGGCACGAAGUUUAACCCCCACAAAAGUUUCCAGGAAACUGUGUUCAACAGAUUCGACCGAGAGGACGUUGACAUCGACCUGACGCCGCCAUGGCGGAAAGCCAGGGCCAAACAUCGGUUCGGCGAAACUUGCCGAGAUGUCCCGAGGAUAACUAACCUGCAAAACAUGCACAAGACUAUGAAUUUAGAUGAGCCGAAUAGUGCAAAAAAUUUAUUAUUGAAGCUGUUGGACGAGUGGGACCAAGAGAAGCCAAGGGGGGCAGCACUGCCCAGGAAAUCGAUCAGUGUCGACUGGAACGACGAGUCGAUUGGCCGACGGUCGAUAAAUUCUUUGGCGCGAAAGCGACCCAGUGCAGCUCAAUUGCAGGAACAUCGGUGGCUCGCUAAGGCUUUGGAAAACCCUAUUUCCAAAGUCAGACUCAAGAGAUAUGUUAUCAAGAAACGGUGGGUCAAGGCCGUCAAUACUAUUCUUGCUCUUCAAAGGAUGGGCGCUCAUAUUAAUUUUGAUCUUAUUUGA